AUGGCUGACCAAGAGGACCGCGAGCAGCAGGUUGCCCAGUUCGUGGACAUGACUGGCGCAACCCCCGAACAGGCGAUUCAGUAUCUCGGUGCUCAUAGCUGGGACAUUAUGACCGCCUGCAACUCCUACUACCAGGACGAGGACGAGGGAAGAGCCGAAGGCCAGGGCGAGUCAACAUCAGAAGCAGUCAGCGACAACUACACCGGGCCUCGCACCCUCGAUGGCCGCCCAGCCCCUCAAGCUGGUAGCAGCCGGUCGGCUCAAAAAUCCACAGCCCAGCCCAAGAAGAGAGGCAUUGCGACGCUCGGUUCUCUUGGCAGCUCACACCAUCAACAUGACGAUCAUGACGACGAUAGCGACGAAGAUUUCGAUGACGACGACGACGAUGAUGGACGUGGCAAUUUGUUUGCGGGCGGCGAAAAGUCCGGUUUAGCCGUUCAGGAUCCUAAGCAGGAAGGAGGAUCCAAGAAGCUAAUCAACGACAUUUUGGCCAAAGCGAAGAAAAACUCCACUCGCCCAGAUCCCUCGUCAGAUGCUGGACCUUCGCAAAGCUCAUUCUUCCGUGGAACUGGUGUGACGCUUGGAGGUGAGGGAGUCGAGAGCCGAAGCAUCCCCGAUCCUCUCGGUCCAUCACAGUCAGCAACUGCAGAGCCACAGGAGCGUGUGCUGCAUAUUUGGCAGGACGGAUUCAGCAUUGAUGAUGGCGAACUGCGCCGAUUUGACGACCCGGCUAACAUGGCGGACCUCCAGAUGAUCAGGCAAGGUAGAGCACCUCUUCAUCUGAUGAACGUCUCGCACAACGCCCCCGUCGAUGUGAAACUCCAACAGCACGAAACCCCCUACCAGGCUCCUCCCAAGAAGUACAAGCCAUUCGGCGGCUCUGGCCGUCGAUUGGGUAGCCCAGUUCCUGGUGAUGGGAGCGAGGGCUCGAGCUCCAUCGCAGAAGUGGUCUCCAGCGAACCCCCCGCCGCUCCAGCUUCAACGGCACCAGCAGCAGAUGUCGACAGCUCCCAGCCUACAGUCAGCAUCCGCAUCCAAUUGCCAGAUGGAACACGACUGCCAGCUCGCUUCAACACCACACAAACUAUUGGGGACCUGUAUCAGUUCAUCCAGGGAGCCUCUGCUGAUACGCGAACUCGUCCUUGGGUGUUGGCUACCACCUUCCCAAACAAGGAGCACACUGACAAGAGCCUUGUCAUAGGAGACAUGGCAGAGUUCAGGAAGGGAGGCACUGCUGUGGUGAAGUGGAAAUAG